AUGGGACUAGCUCAACCAAUGCCUAAAGAGUUAAGUUUAGGUGAUAAAGGAGCCAGCUCGACCAACAGCUCGAUCAAGCUUAAAACAAAGGCAACUCGAUCGAGUUCCACAACUCGACCAAGGGACUCAACUUUAAGAAUCAACAAGUUUAAGAUGCUGAGAGGUGAAAGAAGCAAGGCAGCGUUCACAAAGGAGGAGAUAACGAGAGAAGCAAGGAGAAUGCUUAACACACUAACCAAGGAAGAUGAGGAAGAGAUUGAGAGGUUGAGGGAAGAGAGGAGAACCAAGAGGAGGAAUGACCCAAUCAGCAGUGAGAGUGAAUUGGGAGAAUUCGAGAUUGGAAUGAACCAUGGAAGGGGAGAAAGGGGUGAAUCCUCAAAUGAAGAAGGGGAAGAGGUUAAUCAAGAGAUAGAAGGGAAUAAUAACGAAAAUGCCAUUACUUUUUUGGCCGGUGGUCUACGGCUGAGGUCUACGUUCGACCAGAAGACCAACAGAACCUCAUCCUCUACACUUAUUCACGAAACUGCCACUCUCAUCAAUGAACUCAACCACCAUUUUCAACUAACUCCAAGCUUUUAA